AAUGUUGUCCUAAAUAAAGGUUUUAGAAUUUGCUGGCUUAGCUCCCACUGUAUAUAUAGGCAUGGUCUUAGCAGAUUAUGGAGCUUAAGUUACAUUGUUAUCAAGACCAGAUGCUUAACCUUAAAAUAGUCCCAUGAAUAGAGGUAAAAAAAGUAUGACAUUUGAUCUCAAAUGUUCAUAAGACAUUGAAAUUGUUAAACUUAUGAUUAAAGAUAGUAAUGUUCUAAUUGAUCCAUAUCGUCCAGGAGUGUUGGAAAGACUAGGGUUAUCUUAUUAGAUUUGUUCAAAGAUUAAUCCUAAAUUAAUUUAUUGUAGAGUUACAGGUUUUGGUCAAAAUAGUCCUUUAAAAGAAAAGGCUGGACAUGAUAUAAACUUUAUUUCUUAUGGAGGAGUUCUUGGAUAUUGUGCUAGUACAGGAACUUAAAAGAGACCAGCCAUUCCAGGAAAUGUAAUAGGAGAUUUUGCAGUAGGAGGAAUGUUAGGAGUGGCUAGUAUUUUAGCUGCUUUAAUUAAUGUUUAAAAGGGUGGGAAUGGAUAAUAGAUUGAUUUAGGUAUGGCUUAAGGAGCUGCAUAUUUAAGUUAAUUUAUCUUGCAUUAAAAAAAUGAAAAAUUAUGGUCUAAUGGUAUUGGAAAUAAUGUACUUGAUGGAGGAACUCAUUUUUACAAUAUAUAUUAAUGUAAGGAUGGAAAAUUUAUGAGUGUUGGAUGUCUAGAAGAAAAAUUUUAUUAAGAUUUUGUAAAAGGCUUAAUUGAAGGUGGUUUAAGUUAAUAAAGGUAUAAAAUUUAGAUUAUAAUUAAGAGGUUAAUUUUUAUUGGAAAAUUAAUUGAAUGCAAAUGAAUGGGAGAAUUUAAAAUAAGAAAUAUCGAAAUUAUUUGAAAGUAAGACUAGGGAUUAAUGGGAGAAAAUUUUUGAUUAAUUUGAUGCAUGUGUAUCACCUGUUGUAGAGUUGGAGGAAUAUGAAACUAAAAAUUAUUUAGGAGAAAAUGUCUUUAUUAAUAGAAAUGGUAAAAUUGAAGUUAAUGGAUAACCCAUAUUUUCAGAUUAUUAAUAUUAAAUUAAAGAUAUACCAAAAGUAGGUUAGCAUAAUAAUGAAAAACCAAAAUUAUGA